UAUGUUGUUAAAACAAACGAGCCAGACAAUUCAAAAAAGUUUUCGAUCUCCGAUGACACCAACCAAAGAAUCUUCACUGUGACUAUAAAUGAUCUGACUGAUGACGGAAUGCGUUACUGGUGUGCUUUGGAAAGAUAUAUAGUGCUGCAUGUCAAAAAGGAAUUUAAGCUGUCAUUCUCAGGUGAGCCAAAGUUGUAUGUGGACCAACAGAAAUUCACAGCAUUUGAAGGGGGAAGUGUGACUGUAAGCUGCCGCCACAAUUUUAACGAUCAAAAAGUACAAAAGUGGUGCAGGCUGGGCAGUUCCUGUGUUCAGUCAUCAGGGUCAAUCGGUAAAACCACAGUCACCAUUGAUGCAAGUCACCCAAAAGUUUUCACUGUGACUAUGAGUGGACUGAAGACAGAGAGCAGUGGCUGUUCCACUAUGGUGACAAUUGUCAGCACCACCCUGGUCUUACUUCUGUUGAUUAUUCCUGCUGCCUUUUUCGGAUGGAAGAUGAUAAUGAAACGCAAGAAGCCAGAGUCUAAGGGGCCUGACAUGACUGUGGGCCCACAAUUUGGGAGUGACCCUGACGUGCAUUACGCCACCAUUGCUCAUAAUCAAGAUAUUACGGCACAGGUGAAGGGCCCACAAUUUGGGAGUGACCCUGACGUGCAUUACGCCACCAUUGCUCAUAAUCAACAUAUUACGGCACAAGUGAAGACUGAUAUACCUGAAGAGACUGUGACAUACAGUACCAUUGUUACGAAGAAUAGUGCACAGCAAAUGACUGAACCAGCAGAGGGAAGUGUCAUCUACAGCACAGUGCUUCCUAAACAGAAUAAGUGCUAAUGAGCAGAACAAGAUGGGAGGAUGGCAGGUAUGGCAACACUGAUAAAUCAAUCAACCCCGCAGUCUGUAUUGG